GACUGGCGAGUAGUGAUCGUGUACCGUGUACCGUGUACAGUGUACAGUGACUGUGACUGAAGACUGACUACAGUGCGCGAGGCAGUAGUGAGUGCGACUGACGACAUGGUGACACCCAGUGCGAUCCCCAGUUCCGGUGACAUUCAGAGAGUAGUGAGCAAUUUCUUGUUUUCUUGAAUAUUCUCGCGAGUGAGCCCUCGAUAUGCCGGAGAAAGAAGUGUUCAACAUGGCACCUCCGCCGACGGGGCUGCCGUUCCAGUUUCCAUCGGCCUUUGCCGCCUUCCACGCUCCCCUGCCCGUGGACCAGCGGACCCACGAGGGCCGGUACCUCUGGGAUCCGACCUCCGGGAGGGUGCUUCACCCAGGAGCUCCGGCGACCGCCUUCCACCACCCAGCGCACGGAUUGCCCAGUGCGUCAGGUGAACUCUCAUCGUUGUUGUCCAGAAGGGGGGUUCUGCCCCCGCCACCUCACCACCAAGACUACCAUCCUGCCUACAGACUCAACCCUUACAUGGAACUCUACUCUUCCCUGCAACACGCUAGCCCUCCAUCGUCCAUACACGGUUUGGGGCUGUCAGCUGAGUACUUAUCCUCCAGGACUUUGCCUGAUCUUCAGCAGCCUCCUUCUACCCUUACCAGUACAGAGUUCCUUCUAAAUCCUGAUGGCCGCCUGGCCAGCCCUCGCCCGGGAAGUGCUCAGCAGUCCCGUAAGCGAGCUCUCUCCGCCUCGCCUUACACUGACUCCAUAGACAUCAGCUCCAUGAUCCGCAUUUCUCCAAACUCUCUGGUCUCUAUCGUCAAUGGAUCACGGAGCUCCAGUGCCAGUGGCUCUUACGGCCAUCUUUCUGUUGGUGCCAUCAGUCCCGCUCUGAGCAUGCAUCCUGGCAUGGCCCCGCAUAUUCAGCAGCUACAAGCCCACUUGCUCCGCUCUGGGGGUUUACUGCCCCCGUUGCACCCCCAUCAGCCAGGUCUCUACCAUCCUCUUUCCUCCUCUGCCGAACUGCUCACCGCCAAGCAAGAGGUGACUCACCAAUCCUGCAAGAAGCCGGAUUGGGUUCGGGCAGAAGCAGACACCAGUGCUGCAUGUGGGACGCAACGGAAACCUGCAAAGGUGAAGCGGGAACUCAAGCAAAACUCUCCCGAGUCAGCUGCAGAUCUCAAGGAUGAACCAGGAGACUUUAUCGAGACCAAUUGCCAUUGGAAGCAGUGCGGAUUGGAAUUUCCAACUCAGGAUUUACUGGUCAAGCACAUAAACAACGACCACAUCCACGCAAACAAAAAGUCAUUUGUGUGUCGCUGGGAAAAGUGCUCAAGAGAUGAAAAGCCGUUCAAAGCUCAGUACAUGUUGGUAGUUCAUAUGAGGAGGCACACUGGAGAAAAGCCCCAUAAAUGCACGUUUGAGGGUUGUCCAAAGGCGUACUCCAGGCUAGAAAACCUAAAGACUCAUCUUCGAUCCCACACUGGAGAAAAACCGUACACUUGUGAAUAUCCAGGGUGCAGUAAAGCCUUCAGCAACGCAUCGGACCGUGCCAAGCACCAGAACAGAACUCAUUCCAACGAGAAACCAUAUGUAUGUAAAGCUCCUGGAUGUACGAAACGGUACACAGAUCCCAGUUCUCUCAGAAAACACGUCAAGACUGUUCACGGUGCAGAGUUCUACGCCAACAAGAAACACAAAGGAGCGGGUGAGGAUGACGGAGGAAUGGGCGGAGCUUCGCCUUCGCGCAGCGACGAGAUGCCACUGAGCGCAAAGACAGCUUCCGUGUCCAGUCCUAGCAUCAAGUCUGAAGAGACCAACUCACCCGGUCAGCAGGGCAGUCCUAUGAGCAUCAUCCCUCACUCACAAGGCAGUCCUUUGGGGUUGUCUGCUCACGUUGGAUUCUGUGAGGACCCCAUCAGUGAUAACAACGUCAGUACCUCCUCCAACCACGUCGUGGACGAUACUUGGCCUGAUGAGAGCCAGGAUCUUGAUCUCUAUGAACUCCCAGCCGAGCUCCAAGCCGUGGUCAGUCUAGCACCUCCACCUCCAGUUCACCGCCACAACAACCUCAAGGCCAAACUGGGAGCCAAGGGGGUUCCACCUUCGACCAUGCCUUCCAUCCCUCACCAACAGCAACCAGGUAUGAGGAGAGGCAUUGGCACAUUGACGGAGCUGAAUCGCAGAAUCACAGAUCUGAAAAUGGCCGGAGGAACAGCGGAAAUCCGUCGGGAUUCCAACUCUACUGUCAGCACUUACUACGGAAGCAUGAAGAGUGCAGACCUCUACAGCAGCAGGCGUAGUAGCCAAGUAUCUCAGUGCCAAUCCCAGAGGCCUAGCAUGUCGUCACUGUACGAUCCCAUCUCCGUCGGGGGAUCAUCCAGACGAUCUUCCCAGCUGAGCACCAACCUUGUGCUUCAGCCUCAGAAUGUCAACUGGAGCACAAUUCCCAGUGGAUCAACGACGACUCAAGAGAAGUCAGAGAGCAGAAGAAUGUCAGAGCCUUGUCAAGCGACACCUCCCGUUCAGACACCUCCGCCUCGGCCACGGUCUGCUCACCCUCCAUCACCUCGCCCCAUCCUCCACCCCAACCAGGAGGUCACCCUGGACCAGAUGGCUGAAGGAGAACUCCUGGAGAACAAGCUUGUGCUGCCAGACGACAUGGUCAUUUACCUCAAUCAUCUUCAGGUGGCAGAGAACAGCAAUCAGUCUGGCAACGGAAUGUUUGACAAUUCUAUGGCUGGAGGUCAAAGUCCCCACCAUGUUCCCCUUCAGCGGUUGAGCCCGAUGAUACCAAGCCCCGGACUUCCUGGUAACCCCAACCAGGGCUACAACCAGAGGCCUUACCCUCCAUCCCCUCGGGCUGGCAUGCAGCCAUGCAAUCAGAGAGUCAUGCAGCCUAACAUGUCCCCAGCUAGAGUUCCCCAACUACCCAGUCCACAUGCUCUGCCUCAGAUGAGCCCAAACCCCAUGAACCACCAGAUGACUCAGAUGAACCACAACCAUCAACACAUGAACCAAAUGUGUCCUUCCAACUACAACCAGAACCAACGGUUGGGUCACAUGAUGAGUCCGACCUCGUGCUGCACGAGUUACAACCAGAACAUGAGUCUGGAGCAACCAUUGACAUCUCCUGCCGCAGCGACAACCGCGCCGAUGCAACCAGUAUUCCAACCACAUCAGGCGAGACAUUGCAACUGCAGCAACCAAAUGUGCAACCAGCAUUUCCAACAACAGGUUCAUCACCAUCAACACCCUUGUCACCAUCAUCAUCAACAGCAGAUGCCUCAUCAUCAGAUGAUGUGCGGGAAUCAUCAGGGGUGCAGUUGUGUGUCUCAGUGCUCCAUGUCGCAGCAUUGUGGCGUUGGACCGCAGCAAUUCUGCAGCCCUCCGCAGAUCAACCAGAACAUGUUCAACCCGAUUGCUCCAGAGAAAGAAGAAAUCCAAUGUGGAGUCGUCAGUCAAUCUUCUAACAACAUGAGGCAGGCUGCGUAUCAACGAACCCUGGAGUACGUAGAGCAAUGUCAAUCCUGGGCUGUAUCUAGCUCGACUCAUCCGCCAUCCUCCAACAUGGUCAUCAACGACAUGAGCUCUUCACUGAACUCUCUCAUGGAAGAAAACAAAUACUUCCAGAUGAUUCAGUAGUUCUCAAACCUAAUCGCCAUAAAUUUUGAAAGUCCUCGUUUCUAUAUUAAAAAUAUAUGAUUAAUUGUUAAAGUAAAUUAUAUAACUGUAUAUUAAAUACUGUUUACAAAGUGUAAAUAUAUAGAUAAUUGUUAAUUUUAUUGUAUCAGUUUAAGAUUUUCUUGACUUCCGAGACAUUUAAGACGUAACUGCCAUAAAACUAUGACUCCAAUAUCACUACCUCAUUUAAUACUGUUUCGCUGACAAACUAUAAUGAUGUGUUAAAGAAAUAAAAGUAAGUUAAACCAAGCUGAAACUGAAAAUGUAAGUAAAAUGAACCGAUGAUGUUCAAAAUCAUCCUUUUGAAAAUUAAGUUUUUAUUGUUAUAAAUUAUAUAUUUUAUAAUACCUACUGUGUAUCAAAAUUAGUCACGUUGAAUUAGAUUUGAAUUAUAUUUUAAUUAUAUAGAAUUAUAUAUAGGUAGGUGUUGAACUACAAACUAUUGAAGCAUCAUCAGAAGCUUACGAUGUAGAAAUGCCGGUCAUGUUACGAUCCAGGAUAGAAAUUAUUCAAUCUAUUGUUGUUUUACAGUUAUUGUCAAUUUCUGUUCAAAAUCCUAAUUAUUUUUUCAAUCAUAAAUUAAAGAUCAUUCUUAGUGAAUUUUAAGUUGCUCUACAAUGAUUUAUGCUUGUAAACAAAAGCCCAGAAUAUUUUUGACUGGUUACAUAAAAGUUUACAGGGAAGGCAUUAAAUGCUAUUGUCCACAUAUUCAACUAAUUCAUAUCAAUAUUGAAAAAUGUAUCAAGUUUUACCUACAUCAAUUAUUUUAGAAAAAAAUAUUCAAAUGCAUAAUUUUAUGUAGAACAAUCAUUAUUAACAUCUAGUGACAUACAUAUAGGCAUUUUAUAUAUUUAUUUCAUCAUAGUUUUAUGUGAAUUUCCAUUGUUCUGAAAUAGGAACAUUUUCCUGUGGUUACAAAAAAAUUAAAAUCAAUAUUGAUCUCGGGGAAACCUUCGAAGCAGCAAGCUGUUUUCAAUUGUAUAUAAUAUUUUAUCUUUGUAAAUGCUUUAUGUUAAAUUGUGAUACGCAGAAUGUGCUCUUGACUAUUUCUGUUUUAAGGUGCCCAAUUUUGAAGAAUCUCGAUGAUUUGUUUCUAUUUAUUGCCAUCAAAGCACAUUUUGUAAAUAUUGUAAAGUGUUAUAAUAGUGUUAAUAUUGUCAGUAUUAUGACAUAGUUUUAGCGAUUAUAAUAAAUGUGUCAUAGAUAUUUGUUAUUCUAAUUUUGAUCGUAUUUUCAUCUGUGUUUCAUAAAUACACAU